AUGGCAGAAAUUGAUAUGGCAGUUAUUAAACCUGAGAUGAUGAAGCCUUAUAUCUGGCUUGAGACAUCAGAUGGUUCAAUCCAGCAAGUUGAACAAGAAAUUGCAAUGUAUUGUCCUCUAAUUUGUCAAGAAAUAAUACAAAAAGGGAUGGGAUCUUCCAAGAAUUGUGCAAUAUGUCUCCCUCAACGAGUCAGUCCUUCAACAUUGAGCUUAAUUCUUGAUUAUUGUCGUUUCCAUCAAGUACCAGGUCGCUCAAACAAGGAACGGAAGUCUUAUGAUGAGAGAUUCAUUAGGAUGGACACAAAGCGGCUCUGUGAGUUGACAUCUGCUGCAGACAGCCUUCAAUUGAAGCCAUUGGUUGAUCUUACAAGUCGGGCACUUGCUCGGAUAAUCGAAGGAAAAUCUCCAGAGGAGAUACGGGAAAUAUUUCAUCUGCCUGAUGAUCUAACUGAGGAAGAGAAGUUGGAGCCCUUAAAAAACACAACUGAUGACCCAAGGAUCAGGCUUUUGAAUAGACUGUAUGCCAAAAAGAGGAAAGAACUAAAAGAGCGGGAGAGGUUGAAGAAUGUUGAAGUUGAAGAAGAGCAUGUAGAUAAACGUUCAGUUGAUGAUCUUUUGUCUUUUAUUAAUGGAAAUGAUGAAGAUCCAAAAGGCAUUAAAACUUCUAAGAAUAAAAAGAAAAAUAGAAGGAAAAAAGAGCAACAACAGAAGAACUCUUCUCUGAAAGAAACUUCUGAAGUGAAUAAGGAAGUAAAUGGUCAAAAUAUUAGACACCCAAAUUCUGAAGCUGAUAGAAUUGCUGAGACCUCAAUUUCAAAUACAGAAGAUGUUUUUGCUCAUAAAGAGUUUGAUGAUGGAGAUAUAGAUGAUGGGAUUGAUCCUGCACUUAAGGAAAAAAUUGACAGGGAAGUUGAAGAUUUUGCCCGCCGAUUGAAUUCCGACUGGCCAGAGAGGAUGCAAGAACUUUUAUCAACUGGACAAGAAAGGAAGACAAUGCUUUUUACACCUAACGGAAAUAGUUUUAUACGUUUUGAUCUAAAGGCUCCUUUACCUGAUAAUGGAUUGGAGAGGAGACAAAGAAUCGUAUCUUUGGACUAUGAGGCUGAUCCUGAUACAUAUAUAACCUUUCCAUUUCCUGUAAUUCCCCUUGCCUAG